UUUCUACUCUCCGCGCCUAAACAAAAUUUGAAAUUGAAAAAGAAAAUCUCUUACUCAUUCCAAUACAAAAUAUUUCACUUUCCUCUUCGUCCUUCUCUUGAUCUUUCACCUUUCUCUGUGUCUCUCACCAAAAAAAUGGCGAAAGGAACAGUUGCUACUGCUACGAAGAAGAAGGAUAACAAAAAGACCACCAACUCCCCCCCUGUUCUCCACCACCCUCCUUACUUUGAGAUGAUAAGUGAAGCUAUAUUGGCGUUGAAAGAGAGAAACGGAUCAAGUCAGCCUGCAAUCGCAAAGUUGAUAGAAGAAAAGUACCAAACUGUUUUGCCUUCAAAUUUCAAGAAACUGCUUUCGGUACAACUAAAGAAGUUCGUAAAAUCUGAAAGACUCGUUAGGAUCAAACAUUCCUACAAAAUUUCUUCCACUGAGAAGCUAAAGUUGGCCAUCAAAGAAACCUCCACUACCCAGAAAUCAAAAUCUGACGCCAAGAAGAAGCCUUCACUGGCUCCUAAAGAAAAGAAUGCAAAAAAGAUUAAUAUUCCAGAGAAGGGAUCCAAGACUAAAAGACUUGGUCAGGUUAAGACCCCUGAGGUUCUCAAGAAGCCCAAGAAAGAUGGAAAGACUGAAAAGAUGAAGAGACUGAGUCAGGUGAAAACACCUGAAGUGCUUAAGAAGAAACAGAAUCCAAAGGCUAGAAGGUGAUGUUUGAUGGAUCGGUGGAUAUUAGGUUGGUUCUUUUUGGUUCUUGGCCUGGGUUAAGUUUUUCCUUUUUCUUUUUAAUGCAAAGACCUUUUUUAUGCUGUUCUUAAUUAAAAUGUGGUAAUUGACAAUUCUAUCUUUAAAAUACAAAUAUAAUCUAAUUAA